AUGCCUUUCGGAAUCUUGGAGUGCAAAAAGAUGGAAGUCGUGCCAGGCACGGCUUUCAUGACCGACCAGGAUGACCUCCCGCCCGAGUACGCCGAGAUCCCGCGCGAACAGCUCAAGCACGGAACGGGGAGGUACGCGGACGUCAUCCUCGUCCCUCAACCGUCCGACGACCCCAACGACCCUCUAAACUGGCCGCAAUGGCGCAAAGAACUGAUCCUCUUCAUCUGCGGGCUGGCGGCGGCGGUGGUGGGCGCGUACGGGCCGAUGCUGUCGCCGGGGUUCCUGGAGAUCGCCGAGAACCUCAGCAUCUCGAUCGACGUGCUGGCGCAGUCGACCGCCUGGCUGAUCCUGUGCAUCGGCCUGGGCCUCUUCAUCACCAACCCGCUCGCCAAGAUCAUCGGCCGCCGGCCCGUCUACCUCGUCGCCAUCGUCAUCAUGUUCGCCACCAGCGUCUGGGGCGCCACCGUCCAGCAGUACGACUCUUUUCUUGGUAGCCGUAUCGUUGCGGGUCUGGGUAUGGCGCCGUUUGAGGUGCUGGUGCAGUGCACUAUCGGUGAUAUGUACUUUGUGCACGAGCGCGCGACGAGGAUUGCCGUGUGGAAUCUGUUCCUGCUCACGGGCAUCAGCGGCGGCGCCCUGGUGGCUGGGUACAUCAUCGAGCGGGACGGGUACCAGUGGACGUUUGGCGUGUGCGCCAUCUUCUUUGGCGUGCUGAUGCUGGCCGUGUUCUUCCUCGUGCCCGAGACGGCGUAUAGGAGGAACGCGGUGACGGUGAUCCCGUCCGGCGAGGCGGAGCCUGGUGUCGACGGCAGUGUCCGGCGCAUGAAGCUGGGACACGAGCACGAGGUCACUGAGGAGAAGACGGGGUCUGCUGGGUCUGAAUCGACCACGAUUCCGAAGAAGCAGAGCUACCUGCAGUCGCUGCGGAUUUACAACGGUCGCUACUCGCGCGCCCCUGGCUGGAAGCCCUUUGCGCGGCCGGUGGUCAUGCUCUUCUACCCGGCCGUUAUGUGGGGGUUCCUCGUCUAUGGUACCCUUAUCACCUGGAUCGUCGUCUUCUCCGUCGUCAACGCGGCCAUCUUCAACGUGGCCCCUUACAACUUCAGCGUCAGCCAGACCGGCCUCAUCAGCCUCUCGCCCUUCAUCAUGACCAUCAUCGGCGAGUUCGUGUCGGGUCCCCUCAACGACUGGAUCUGCGUCCACCUCACCAAGAAGAACAAGGGUAUCUACGAGCCCGAAUUCCGCCUGCCGCUCAUGGCCAUCGCCAUGAUCCUCGGCAUCGUCGGCUUCUACGGUUUCGGCGCCACUGUCCACUAUCAGACCCACUGGACCGGCCCCGUGCUGUGCUUCGGCUUUGCCAACAUGAGUCUGGUGUUUGCCUCCACCUGCGUGUUUGGCUACAUCGUCGACAGCUACAAGGAGCAUAACGAGGAGGCCCUCGUAGCCAUCAACGCUAGGAACCUGCUCACCUUUGGCCUGACCUACUUUGUCAACUCGUGGUUGGAGUCACAGGGCGCCUUGAUUGUGUUUGCCAUUCUGGGGUCGUUGUUUGUGUUUGUCUCAUUGUUGACCAUUCCCAUGUGGAUCUUUGGCAAGAAGUUCCGCAGCUUCACGGGCCGCAACCCCUGGCUGCAACGGUUCAUGAACGAUGACCACUGA